AUGUCCCGAGUGAGCUUCUGCCGCCCCUCACCUCCUAUGGGUCGCAGAGUACAGCCCCCUGCAAUGAGCAGAAUAGUGAGAAGCUCAAAAGAGUCUCCGGACUCGACUUCAGAUUCAGGGUUCGGUAGAGGUGAACCAAAGGGACUCAUUCACUCCGCACAACACUUUUCACACGGCACACAACAGAUGAAGCAACUUCUUUCAGCAGGGAAAGUCAUCUACACUUGCCACCACGUAAGAGACGGACAGUGGGGCUCGAAGGUAAACGGAAAGUGGAAUGGGAUGAUGAAGGAACUGCUUGAAGGGACAGCAGACAUCGCGGUGUCCCCGAUGUCCAUCACAUAA